AUGCUGAACUUCAGUCUCGACCAUCUUUCCUCGGCCGGAUGGCCAGAGAAUCUUGAAAACUUGGAGGUGCAGUGCAGGUGCAUUUUCGUCGGCCUCGAUGCGGGGGUCCAGCCUGCUCCGCCUCUCGAGGUGGAUCCAGCCUGGGCGGCGAGAAACAUCCAGGGCUUAGAGACGCGCCUGCAGCACGCGCCAUGGGGCCGCGCCCGCAGCGGCGCGGCGGCGGCCAACGGCACGAUUUUCGGCGCGACGCACGUGCCUGCGGGAGGUGGUGAGCUCGUCUCCAGAGGAGCUCUAGGCAUCGCCGAGGCCAGCCGUGCCGAGGGCGCCGGCGCCAUCGUCUCGGCGUGCACCGCGCCGUGCCCGCUGCCCUGGCCGGCGUGCUCCACGCGGCGAGCCUCGGCCGUCCCUGCGGCCUGGUCGUCGUGGCUCUGCCGCUCGCCCAGCUCCGCGUGGAGCUCAGUGGGGCUGUACCGGCUGCCCCCGCCAGCGCUGCGCUCGCGGUGCGUCUCGGCCGUCCCCACGGCCUGGUCGUCGCAGGUCCUUCUCGCCCCCGUCGCGGCCCUGUUCCCCUCGGAGGCCACCCUCGCUCUCGGCCGCACGCCGUCGUCGCAGAACGUGCGGCGGCUCCGCCGGUUGCGGGCGCAGGCCCUGCUGGCGGAUUUCGGCGGCCUCCCCCCGCGUCCCCCAUCGGAGUACCUCCGCCGCCGCCGCCUCGAGUUCAUCGAGACGCAUUCGAGCACCGCGGGCGUGCCCGGGCCCAGCGUGGGUCGCGUGCCCGCCGUGUGCGAGCGCUGCCGCGAAGCGCGGCCCUGCACGGCACGGGCGCCGCCCGCGGUCGGCGCGCAGCAGGGCCCCCAGGGCGCGGCGGCCUGGCCGUCCAAAUGCUACGCGCUGCACGAGGUGCUGCGCCCGUGGGCGAGGUUCCAAGCCCUGGUCGGGGCUGACCAGGUUGGCGCUGAGCUCGCCGUGUCCCGAGGACUUGAUGAUGAGGUCGAGGCUUUUGCAGGCAUCCGUCACGUGGAUGGCGUGGCCACUGAUGCAGUGCACCUCUACCAGGCGACUCCGAUCAUGGCGCCGAGGGUUACGACGUCCGAUGACGAUCCGAUGGCUGACAUCGCGCCGGCCUUCUGCUUUCUGGUCGGCACCGUCGCCAAGGCUGCGCUGGUAGGCGAGCUGGCCCAGGGUGGCUCCCAGUGCCCCGAAGGCCAGGACACUGCAGAUCGGGUCUUUGAGAACUCCUUGCUGGAGAGGGCCACCCCGGAGCCGGCCGACCAGGAGCCCCCCGAGCUCCCGGUCGGUGCCGCGAAGGGCGCGGGCGCGGAGGGCCCGAAGGCCUGCGCGCCGGAGCUCGUGCCCUCCGAGGUGGUGCUCUCGAGGCGGUGCUCCCCUCCGCCGCGGGAGCGGUCGGGCGGGCGGCGGGCCAGGCCGCCCGCGCGCGGUCCAGGGCAGCGGCGAG